AUGGAGGAUGCCUCGAGAAGAAACAGAAGUCAUUGGACCUGGUGGCCGCUGGUGGAAGUCGCUGGUUGGGUUUCAGCUGGGAUAUUAGUCCUUAUAGCAGUCGUUGUCGUGCUUGUGUUGAUUUUUCGCAGAAGGCAGCAGUCACAGGAAACCCGAGCGGCUCGUGCCUUAUUGGGUGUCUCUUCCAGGACGCGGGGAGAGCAGACACCCAGCACCUCAGUUCCGGGCAGCUGCAUAAGCAGCAUGUCGGGCAGUGAUGCUAUGACUUCUACGGAGAUGAACAGCCCUUGGAACAUGCCCUGUCUGGGCAAGAGUCCAAACGUUCCAUGCUGCAUCCGGUUCAUGCACCCUGUCUUUACACUGCUCUGCUGUGGGCUCUAUGUGCUUGCAGACAUCUCAGAGACAGCUGAAGUGAAUGUGGAGCUCCUGGUGGCCGGCGCUCCACACCAUGGCGACUGGCAGUGGUCGGGGACCAUGGCCACGCUGACGCUCCUCCGAGCCGCCAGGGAUGCCUGGCAGGCCGACGCCAGAGCCACAGCGGUGGUCCUCUUCCUCCUCAAUGGGCUUUGGCCAUUUAUCCAGACCGGCGUCCUUCUGAUCGUUUGGUUUCUUCCCGGGAGCUGCCUCACUCCAUCGAGCCGAGGCUCUUUUCUGCGACUCUUCGCGGCUUUAGGGAAGUGUGGUCUAUCUUUUCCAUGGCUCAUCUCCAUUUGGGCCGCGCUUUGCCAACUGCGUUGGCGAGGUCGCCAAGUGUCUGCUGACUUCAGUAUGUUCCUGGACACGGGGCUUUUCCUCUUUUUGGGAGCUGCCAUCUUGACCAAUGUACGCUGCCGAUCACUAUCACUACCUGUCGACGAGAUCAACGCUGUCGACGUCGCCAUGGGCACGAAGUGGGAGAUGCGUGGGAAGGCUAUGUUUGCGGUCUAG